AUGUCCAAGUUCGCGAGCGAGGACAUCGAGAAGGAGGCCGAGGUGGUGGAAGAUGUGCACGGUCACGGAGGCCACAGCGGCCACGCAGGCCACGGAGGGCAUGACAGCGGGCACGGCGGCCACGGGGAUGGGCACGGCGAAGCUUGCACAGAGGACCAUGGGCACGGAGGCGGCGGACACGGAGGAGGCCACGGAGGCAGCCACAGCAGUGGCGGUCAUAGCCACGGAGAUGGCCAUGGGCAUGUCGCUAAGAAAAGUAGGCACGACAGUCGCGUGAAUUCGUUUGCCUUGGUCAGAGAAGGGGAUAUUAUACCGCAGAAGCUCGGCAAGUUCAUGCAGAGUCUGGGGACCUUGCCCGAGGAGAAAGGGUUGAUUUUCCGCAUCAAGGGCAUCCUCGCAAUAAAGAACCACCCGUACAAGCACGUGUUCCAUGCUGUCAUGGAUGUCAGCGACGAGGACGAUGCUGGAGAGUGGGGAGAUGAAAAGAGGAUAUCAAAGAUUGUAUUCAUAGGUAAAGGCAUGGACCGAAAGUUCAUUACCGACCAGUGGGACUUGAUCUUCGACAGCCAAUGA